AUGUCUGCCUGUCCUGGAAAUAACGAGUUCGAUGGGCGCAUGGGCGUCCGCAUUUCGGCCAUCUUCGUAAUUGGAAUAUGCUCAUUGUUUGCAACGUGGUUCCCUGUCUUCGCUGCUAGGCACAGAGGUGUCGGUGUUCCAGAUUGGGCAUUCUUUAUCGCCAAGUACUUCGGUUCUGGCGUCAUUAUUGCAACUGCCUUUAUCCAUUUACUCGCACCUGCUCAUGAGGCAUUGGACAAUGAGUGUCUGACCGGCCCCAUCAGAGAUUACAGCUGGGUUGAGGGCAUUGUUCUCAUGACCAUCAUGAUGCUGUUCUUUGUCGAGCUCAUGACCAUGCGUUAUGCCAAGUUCGGUCACAGCCACGAGCAUGAUGAAACCCAUGAGCAUGCGGAUGAGCUUGGUAUCAAGCCUGAGCCUUUCACCGAUGGCAAAACUCCUGACGUUUCUGACGAAUCUGAUCAUGCUUAUGAGAUGCAUGCUGGCCGCGUCAGCACGAGUACUGCUCAAUGCCCCACCACUCCUCAUGCCCGUGGCGAUGACCACCUCGGACAUGCUCGCUCCCACGUCGACAACGAGAUCUCGGUGGGAUGGACUGAGGCGCAAAAGCAAGCUUCUGGUCUCGUUACCGAGUCAUACGCCGCUCAGAUGACUGCCCUCUUCAUUCUCGAGUUUGGCGUCAUCUUCCACUCCAUCUUCAUCGGUCUGACCUUGGCGGUCUCCGGCCCUGAAUUCGCCACCCUCUAUGUUGUCCUCGUUUUCCACCAGUCUUUUGAGGGUCUCGGUCUGGGUACUCGUCUUGCUGCAGUGCCAUGGCCUGAGUCAAAGCGUUGGUCCCCCUACCUUCUAGGUGCUGGUUAUGCCAUCAGUACUCCUAUUGCUAUUGCUAUCGGCCUCGGCGUCCGCCAGUCUUUUGCUCCUAAUAGCCAAACCACUCUCAUCGCCAAUGGUGUCUUCGACAGUAUCAGUGCCGGUAUCCUGAUCUACACCGGUCUUGUUGAGCUCAUGGCACACGAGUUCAUGUUCUCCACCUAUAUGCAACGCGCGAGCAUCAAGACCGUAUUGACUGCCUUCUUUGUCAUGUGCCUGGGUGCCGCUUUGAUGGCUCUUCUCGGCAAAUGGGCUUAG